CGUGUGUGAAGUGGCGCCCCUGCUACCCACAAUGCAGUGCGCCUGACGUCAUAGUGGAGGGACCAAGAUGGCGGCGCUCGGUGCCGCAGAAGUGAUCACACAGCUGGAAGGCGCUGCUAAAGUUCUUAUGGCACCGCCGUCCAUGGUCAGUACGGAACAGCGGCAGCAGGCGGAGCACGUCUUUCUCUCCUUCCGCAAGUCCAAAUCCCCCUUUGCCAUUUGCAAACACAUCUUGGAGACCAGCAAGGUGGACUACGUGCUGUUCCAGGCGGCCACCGCCAUCAUGGAGGCGGUGGUGCGCGAGUGGAUCCUGCUGGAGAAGAGCAGCAUCGAGUCCCUGCGAGCCUUCCUCCUCACCUACGUCCUGCAGAGACCCAGCCUGCAGAAGUACGUCCGGGAGCAGAUGUUGCUGGCGGUGGCCGUCAUCGUCAAGAGAGGCUCUCUGGACAAAUCCAUCAGCUGCAAGAGUGUCUUCCAGGAGGUGGGACAGCUCAUCAGCAGCGGCAACCCGGCUGUGCAAACCUUGGCCUGCUCCAUCCUUACGGCGCUGCUCAGCGAGUUCUCCAGCUCCAGCAAGACCAGCAGCAUCGGACUGAGCAUGGAGUUCCACGGCAGCUGCAAGCGCCUCUUCCAGGAGGAGGGCCUUCGCCAGAUCUUCAUGCUGACCAUGGAGGUGCUGCAGGAGUUCAGUCGCAGAGAGAACCUCAACGCUCAGAUGUCCUCCAUCUUCCAGCGCUACCUGGCACUGGCCAAUCAGGUGCUCAGCUGGAACUUCCUGCCGCCCAAUCUGGGGCGCCACUACAUCGCCAUGUUCGAGGCGGCACAGAACGUCAUGCUGAAGCCCACAGAGUCUUGGAGGGAGGCGCUGCUGGACACCAGGGUGAUGGACCUCUUCUUCACUGUCCACAGGAAGAUCCGCGAAGACUCGGACAUGGCCCAGGACUCCCUGCAGUGCCUGGCCCAGCUGGCCUCCAUGCACGGGCCCAUCUUCCCAGACGAGAGCGCUCAGAUCUCCUACCUGGCCCACCUGGUGGAGGGCCUGCUCAGCAUGAUCAACGGGAUCGAGAUCGAGGACUCGGAAGCGGUCGGCAUCUCCAACAUCGUGUCCAACCUGAUCACCAUGUUCCCCGGGAGCAUCUUAACGGCGCUGCCCAGCAACCUCUUCACCUCCUUCAUCAACUGCCUCACGCUGCUCACCUGCUCCUUCGGACGCAGCGCCGCCCUGGAGGAGGUGCUGGACAAGGACGACAUGGUGUACAUGGAGGCCUACGACAAGCUGCUGGAGUCCUGGCUCACGCUGGUGCAGGACGAGGAGCAUUUCCCUCGCGGCUGCUUCGUCCAGCCCGCCGUGCAGGUCUUCAACUCCUACAUCCAGUGUCACCUGGCCGCGCCGGACGGCACCCGCAACCUGUCGGUGAAUGGCGCGGCGUCCCACGAGGAGGAGGAGAUCAACGAGCUGCAAGAAGACGACCGAGAGCUGUUCUCAGACCAGCUGUCCAGCAUUGGAACGCUGGGCCGCGUGGCUGCGGACCACUGUAUCCCCCUCCUCACAAGUCUUCUGGAGGACCGGGUCACGCGACUACACGGCCAGCUGCAGAGGACCCAGCAACACCUCAUGGCCUCCUCAAACCUGGAGUCAGCGGACCGCAAAGUGCUGGACGACCUGUACGAGGACAUCCACUGGCUCAUACUGGUCUCAGGAUAUUUACUCGCCGACGACCCCCAGGGCGAAACGCCCAUGAUCCCCUCCGAGGUGAUGGAGUUCUCCAUCAAGCACUCCACCGAGGUGGACCUCAACACCACGCUGCAGAUCCUGGGCUCACCGGGGGAGAAGGCGUCGUCCAUACCGGGCUUCAACCGCACCGACUCGGUCAUCAGGUUGUUGUCGGCCGUGUUGAGGACCUCCGAGGUGGAGUCCAGAGCCAGCAAAGCCAGUCUGACGCAGCUACUGAGUCCACAGAUGGGAAAGGACAUUGUUUGGUUCUUGAGACGAUGGGCCAAGACCUACCUGCUAAUGGAUGAGAAACUCUACCAGCAGGUCAGCAUCCCCUUCAGCACGGCCUUCGGAGCCGACACGGAGGGAGCCCAGUGGAUUGUGGGCUACCUGCUGGAGAAGGUGAUCAAUAACCUGUCGGUGUGGAGCUCCGAGACGGAGCUGGCCACCGACACUGUGGAGCUGCUGGUGACGCUGGUGGAGAGGAGGGAAAGGGCCAACAUGGUGGUGCAGUGUGAGAGCUGGUGGAACCUAGCCAAGCAGUUCGCCAGCCGCAGCCCGCCGCUCCACAUGUUGUCCAGCUCGGUGCAGAGGACCCUGAUGAAGGCCCUGGUUCUGGGCGGCUUUGCACAAAUGGACUCGGACAUGAAGCAGCAGUACUGGGCUGAGGUUCUGCACCCUCUCCAGCAGCGCUUCCUCAACCUCAUCAACCAGGAGAACUUUGCCCAGAUCAGCCAGGAGGAAGCGGUGAAGCAAGAGAUCAUCGCCACGCUGGAGGCGCUGUGCGGCAUCGCCGAGGCCACGCAGAUCGACAACGUGGCCUCGCUCUUCUCCUUCCUCAUGGACUUCCUGUCCAGCUGCAUCGGCCUCAUGGAGGUCUACAGCAACACGCCGGAGACCAUCAACCUCAUCAUCGAGGUGUUUGUGGAAGUGGCUCACAAGCAGAUCUGCUACCUGGGCGAGACCAAGUCCAUGAAACUCUACGAGGCCUGCCUGACGCUGCUGCAGGUCUACUCCAAAAACAACCAGAGCAGGAAGCGGAGCGAGGCGGUGGCCGAGGAGGACCAGUACCAGGACCUCCUGCUCAUCAUGGAGCUGCUCACCAACCUGCUGUCCAAAGAGUUCAUCGACUUCAGCGACACAGACGAGGUGUUCAGAGGCCAAGACCAAGGAACGCCCGCCUCCAGUCGGCCGGUCUCUGCAGCCGACGUGGUUCUGUACGGCGUGAAUAUCGUCCUUCCCCUCAUGUCUCAGGACCUUCUCAAGUUCCCGUCUCUGUGCAACCAGUACUACAAACUCAUCACCUUCAUCUGCGAGAUCUUCCCCGAGAAGAUCCCGCAGCUGCCCGAAGACCUCUUCAAGAGCCUCAUGUUCUCGCUGGAGCUCGGAAUGACCUCGAUGGGUUGUGAGGUCAGUCAGCUGUGUCUGGAGGCCCUGUCGCCGCUGGCCGAGCAGUGCGCCAAAAACCAGGACAAGGACACGCCCCUUUUCAUGGCCACCCGCCACUUCCUCAAGCUGGUGUUCGACAUGUUGGUGCUGCAGAAACACAACACCGAGAUGACGGUGGCAGCAGGAGAGGCUUUCUACACACUUGUGUGUCUGCACCAGGCGGAGUACGGCGAGCUGGUGGAGACGCUGCUGGCGUCGCAGAGGGACGGCGUCAUCUACCAGCGGCUGCUGGACGCCUUCACCAAGCUGGCGGCCAGCUGCACGCCGCCCUCCAUGGACCGCAAGCAGAAGCUGGCCUUCCUCAGGAGUCUGGAGGAGUUUGUGGCCAACGUGGGGGGGUUGCUGUGCGUCAAGUAACCAUGGAAACACUCACAUUGCCUCCAGCGGCGGCCAGCAUGAACUACGGGGAGGCCGGGACACGCCCCCGCGCUCCAGACGGCCAGAGGACGCCAGUCUGACCACCAGCUCUCGCUCCUUUGCUGACGGACACACCUUGUGGUCGGUGGGAGGCCGUCGCCAUGACAACCGCAGGAAGUGAACUGAUCACGCGUGCGCGGUGUCAGCAGAAUUAUUUUACGGCGUGAAGUUUGUGGUUGCAUUUGGACGUUUGAACACACACACGCACGCACGCACACACACACACAAACACACACACACCUGCCCAGAGUGCCUUUGUGUUGGUGUGUGUUCGCCACACCUGCUGUCACCAUGGCAACAGUCACAGCCGCAGGUGUGUCGUCCUGAAAGAACUCAGCAUGUUGCUGCAGAGACUGAAAUGUUUUUUUUUUACGCCAGCAGGGGGCAGCACCUUGUGCUUCCUCAGCCGAAGAAGAAGAAACUGUUUGACUUUAGCAAGUCUUCUUUUCUCCCCUCAUCUUGAAGUUUGUGCCUCCGAUGUUUGGCCACAAGAAUUAAGUCCUAGUAUUUUUCUACCCUGAUAAAACCUUCACACCAAAUAUGAGAGAAUAAAGAGGAGCAGAGUGGAUUUACCACAAUCAUGGCUGCUUGUUUACCACCCUCAACAUGUACAUAAAGAUGUUGUAUCAAGUC